CCAAAACACAAGCCACCACAUAAAUAGGCGUGACUAUCGAUCUCGUGAUACAAGGAAAUAAAAGGUGCUGGGCGGCUGUCGUCGACUGUCACUUGGGAAACAGACGGAAACGCUUCAAACGCAGUGUCACACAUAAAAGAAAGAAACAUGGAUGUUCGGACUGGUUUCAUCGUCUUGUUCUGCCUGAUGGGCUUCACCUGCGCGGAGCCAGUGAAAUUCCUUGAUUGUGGCUCCUCUUCUGGCAAAGUGAGCCUAGUGGACAUUACCCCUUGUGCCAGUCAGCCAUGCCAGCUACGCAAAGGACAGUCCUACAGUGUCAAUGUGACAUUCAACAGUGCUGUGGAGAGCCAGACAAGCACAGCAGUGGUUCAUGGUGUUAUUGCUGGAAUUCCUGUGCCCUUCCCCAUUCCCAUUGAAGAUGGCUGCAAGUCUGGAAUCCAGUGUCCCAUCCAGAAGCAGCAAAUGUAUCAUUAUGUGAACGCUCUUCCUGUGAAGUCUGAGUAUCCUGCAAUAAAGCUGGUCGUGGAGUGGGAACUGAAAGAUGACCAGAAAAAAGAUCUGUUCUGCAUCCGGUUCCCAGUGCAGAUUGUGAGCUAAGCUACAGCUCCUCCUGACAAAUGUUUUGUUUUUUUUAAAAGGGAUUCAGCUUUGAGUAAACUUCAUGAGUCUAAUUGAUUCAAGUUAUGAUCUCAUUUUAGUCAUUCAUCAAAUAGAUUUUUUUAAGCUGUCUGUCACUAGUUCGCAAGACUUUGCCGCACUCUCACAUCUUGAAUCCUGCUGAAAUAAAUGAACGGCUGAUUUGCUGUGACCUCCCUAA